AUACCCAACGGCUUAUUGUGGCUUUUUUUGGGUCAAAGAGACUGAGGCGUUCGUACCGCAAUCGUUGGAAGCACGAUCGAAGUAUCAACGCAAGGCUGGAAGCAGGACGAGCAGAAAGGCGCUGACCGGUUCUCGGCUCGGUUCUUUCCUCGAUUCCUCCGUGUGCAUCGCCACCUGCACGUUGCAGCGUCAUUUGCGAGUACCACAGCAUUCGGCUACCUGCGAAGACAUUCAUCGCGUGUACAGCAAACUUUGAAGGCAUGUCUUGCAUCUGGAAGCAUGCAGCCAAUGGCUUUGCGACGCCCAAUCUUCCGUGUCGCUUUCGAGACCCCUAUUUCAUACAUCGCACGAGGUACAACGCUCAAGCAAUGCACAAGGUCUUGGACAGCAGUAAGCGUUGUCUGCAUACGUACAGCAGGCCCAUGUUAAUCGCUUACCGUGUACCUGUCACUGCCAUGGCUAGUCUAGGAAUGGCAGCUCAAACCACGUUCCACUUUGCAUCGAUGAAGGCCACGGUGUCCGCGGCCAGUCAUUCGAGACAUGGCGACCCAGGUGGGAUCGAUGGUUUCAAUAUCAGACUCAUUGGCGCGGGACUGCCAUACCUCAAGCCGAUCCCACGAUCUUAAGAUCACUUAUGGCUCGCAGCGAUAGACGUCGUGACUGGUGCCUGGAUAUGCAUGUCAUGGAAAAAGCAC